AUGCAACAAGCUUUUUUAGCUAUCUUUAUCAUUUAUUUUAAUUUGAGAUACUUUUUACUAUUAGCUACAAGAUCUCCAACAUGGUCUCCUGAUGAUGGCAUAACUGAUGAUCAAGUAGUCGAUGAUAAAAUUAUUGUUGGUAAACAACGAUCAAAUUCAAGUGAUGCAACAAUUAUUUCAGAUGAAAAAUAUAUUGAACAAAAUCAUAAAAGUCUUCUACCAGACAAGACAAUAUCAUCGGUUCAAGCUAGUGUUCAACCACGAGAACAAUGGAGUGAACAAAUGGAUUUUCUUUUAUCGAUUAUUGGAUUUGCCGUUGAUUUAGCAAAUAUUUGGCGAUUUCCUUAUCUUUGUUACAAAAAUGGUGGUGGAGCCUUUCUUAUACCUUACGUUUUAUCCGUUAUUCUUGGUGGUAUGCCUCUGUUCUAUUUGGAACUUUUAUUAGGUCAAUAUUAUCGACAGGGCGCAAUUACCUGUUGGAGAAAAAUCUGUCCAUUAUUAGCUGGAAUUGGUUGGGCUGUUACUGUCAUUGCAUUUUAUACCGAUUUUUAUUAUAAUGUUGUCAUAUCAUGGGGUCUCUAUUAUUUAUUUGCCUCAUUUUCAAAAAUGUUACCGUGGAGUAAAUGUAAUCAAACUUGGAACACUCCCGAUUGUUCUACAGUAGAUAGUCGACGAGAAUUUCUUCAACAAUGUAUUGGGUCGAUUAAUAGAACAUUGAAUUAUUCAUUUGAGUUCAUUCCAAAUCAAACAUAUCCACUAACAGCAUUAAGUGAUCAACAUUCAUUUGAAGGCAGUACAUAUUAUGAAAAUUGUUCAAGAUUAUUGACUGAUAAACAAAUUGUAUCGCCAUCUCAAGAAUAUUUUCAUUUACAAGUAUACCGAUUGGAUAAACAAAGAGCACUGAGUUUGAGUAAUAUGGGAGGUAUUAACUGGCAAAAUGUUGGAUGUUUGGGGAUUAUAUAUUUAAUAUGUUUUUUUUCAAUGUGGAAAGGUGUCAAAACAUCGGGAAAGGUUGUUUGGUUUACAGCCUUAUUUCCUUAUGUUGUGUUAACGAUAUUAAUGGUUCGAGGACUCUUUUUAAAUGGUUCUAAGAAAGGCAUUGAAUACUAUAUUAGACCUGAUUUAAGCAAAUUAAAAGAUGCAUCUGUCUGGGUUGAUGCAGCGUCACAAACAUUCUUUUCAUUGGGACCAGGUUUUGGUGUGCUUAUGGCAUUUGCAAGUUACAAUGAUUUUCACCAUAACGGUUAUAUGAGUGAAAUAUCUGGCAGAGCAAUCAAAGAUGUUGCCGAACAAGGUUCCACAUUGGUAUUUAUUGUCUAUCCUGAAGCAAUUGCUACCAUGCCUUUUGCACCUGUUUGGGCUGUUUUUUUCUUCCUAAUGUUGCUCACACUCGGUCUUGAUAGCUCAUUUGGUGGUUCAGAGGCGAUAAUAACGGCAUUGAGUGACGAAUUUCCUAUUUUACGUAAACAUCGUGAAUGGUUUGUGGGUGGAUUAUUUCUGUUCUACUUUCUUAUUGGAAUACCAAGUUGUACAGAUGCCGGUGUCUAUUUUGUAGAACUUUUACAAAAUUAUGCUGGAUUAAUUCAAAAUGUAUCACCAACAUACGGAAAAUUAACUGAUCCAUUCUAUUAUCAGUAUCCCGAUUGGAGUCAUUAUUUAGGCUGGAUAUUUGCAUUAUCAUCAAUUAUAUUUAUACCAGCUGUAGCCAUUUAUCAACUCCUUAGCACAAGAGGAUCAUUUCGAACACGUCUUCGUAUAGCCAUAACACCAUGGAAAGAACGUCAACGAUGUUUAAAUCCUGAUAUAGUUAUCAAAGAAGUGUGUUUAUCAGAUGAUUGUCGUGGUGGAGAUUGUGAAAUAAUACAUUAUCAAAAUGAAUCUCCAUGUUGGGCGGGUGGAACAUGUAUUGAUGUUGCAAACAUGGAUUAUGCUUGUUUAUGUCCACCUAAUUAUACGGGAAAAGAUUGUCGUAUACUCUUAGCAUGCCAUGAGUAUGCAUGUCAUAAUGGUGGAACAUGUAUUCAGACAGCUUAUGGUGCACGAUGUAAUUGUAAACAACAUACGAACGGUGAUUUUUGUCAAUAUAUGACAAACGAUAAUUUUAAAGUACAUCGAUAUGAUGCUGAACCACCAAAUAUUGUUAAUUAUAAACAAUUAGAUCCAGCAACAUUAGCAGCGAUGGCUAGUAAUCAAGCAUCAGUAAAUAAUCAACAACGAUCACAAUUUGUUUUUUGUCUAACAAAUCCGUGUGAAAACAGUGGAACAUGUUUUGUCACAAAUACUGCAACGACAAAAGGCAUAUGCGUUUGUCGAGAAGGUUAUAGCGGAGAUUAUUGUGAAAUUUCUGCUUCCAGUGUAACAUCAUCACCAUCGAAUAAUGUUCAAACACGAGCCAGUUAUUGUUCAUCAAGUCCAUGUUUAAACGAAGGAACAUGUGUAGAAACUGAGUCAUCACAAGGCUAUUGUCGUUGUACACCUGAAUAUCGUGGAGCAUAUUCUCAUUGUCUUUGUACACCGGUAUUUCGUGGUUUAACAUGCAAUCAAUUCAGUUAUGUACCAUGUGGAGAUGCCACAUGUCAUGGAACACAGGGUGUAUGUGUGGCGAAUUAUUGUAUAUGCAAAUCCGGUUAUGCUGGUCCGAGAUGUGAUAGUACGGAUUUUUGUACAGCAUUCCCAUGUCAGAAUGGAGGUACGUGUGUUCGAACGAAUGAAGAACCAUAUGGAGGAUGCAGUUGUCCACCGGGUUUCAAUGGUCCAACAUGCAGUAAUGAUCCUUGUAAUCCAAGUCCCUGUUUGAACAGUGGAUAUUGCGUACGAAAAUCGGACAAUCAAUUUUAUUGUCAAUGUCGAAAGGUAGAAUGUUUUCCAUCAGAUGCUCGAGUCGAAUUGGACAAUGGUGCUUCUGUAGAAAUACACAAUGUAAAAGUAGGCUCAUUGGUAAAAGUGAUUAAUAAUGAUAAUCAACUAUCCUAUUCGCCUAUAAUCGCAUUUCUUCAUUAUGAUUCACAAACUAAUGCAUUAUACAAACAAAUUCACACUGAAUCAGAUACAAUUAUUGAAUUGUCAUCAUUGCAUCUGAUACGAAGAAAACGAAAAAAUAAUUUAGAUAUAGAUGAAUUUAUAUGGGCCAAAGAAGUCGUACCCGAUGAUCAAAUAUUUGUUGUUAAACAGAAUAAUAAUACAGUUAUUUGGGAAAAAGUUAAAUUUAUAAAAGAUGUAUGGAAACAAGGUUUAAUGGCACCGUUAACUGAUCAAGGUACAAUUGUUGUUAAUAAUGUUCACACAUCUUGUUAUGCAUCGGUCAAAAGUCAUACAAUUGGGCAUAUAGCAUUAACACCAUAUCGUCUAUAUAAAAGAUUCAUUCGUCUAACUGAAACAGAUUCAACAGCAACAAAAGAAAUAGUAUUGUCCUAUGCCAAUAUUCUAUUUCACAUCUUUAAAAAUAUUCCCAUUGUCAAAGACUUCAUAUUUUAA